CGUGGUGGCCGAUCGUACCCAUCGCUCAGCAAUGCGAACAUUGAAGUCGUGCCGCCCUCAAUUCGUUGUUGGUACCGGCCUCGAUCGUGACGGGAAGAUUCAAAACCCUGGGACCGACUCCCGAGUCGCUUCCGCGGAUAUCCUACGUAGGGCCGGCAUUCGGCGGCAGAAAGUUCGUCGGCUGAUGGCAUUUAUAGGAAGUUCAAAACUCUCCUGUGUAUCGUCCGACUUUGCCGUGCGAUUUGAUCGACAUUUCCGUUCAUGCUCCAUCAAGCUCCUUUCGCUUCCCUCACCUUUCCAAUCGUCCGGUAUGUGUCUCCACGCUGUGCCGUCGAUCGUGAACGUUCUGCCUUACGUACCAAAUCCCUUGGGCCUUCCCCUCCGUAUGCAACCUGCGCCAGGCGUCUCCAAAAAGGCCUCAGACUCAAGCCCAUGCUGGAAAAAAAUCGACACUGAAUUUCACCCACACCGAUUGUACGGAAAACCGAACUGGCUUUCUAUCUCAUCCUCCACAUCAUCGGGACCUCGUAGUCUCUACCGGGCUAGAUUUCCGCGCGGCGAGCUCAGUGGUGCGGCGGUGGUGCGGCGGAGUCAGAACCAUGUCCAUACUCGACAAACAUCCACACCAAGUCCCACCCACAGCGACUGUAGUAUGUAUUCUGUAGGGAACUCGCUUUCCAUCUCAUCCUCCACACAUCUGGAGACCUCGUAGUCCCUGGCGAGUUCCUUGAAUAUCUCCGGUGGUUCGGCGAUGAUGACGAGGAAUGUGUGAAAUUCAAGAAGACGCAUGUUGAUGUAGAAUUGGAGUUAUCGCUCGAGGGACGCCUCCGUUGGUGGAUGGGGUACGGUAGUAGGGUAAGAGAAGGCGAGGCAAAUCGUUGAAUAAGCAGCUCGAACUUCUGACGGGAUGUUGUCACGAUGGUGACCAUUCCCUUAAUGGCAGGAGACGGAAGAUCGCCUCAGGCUCCCCCGGUAGGCCCCCGAAAGCUUUUCAGGAACUUUCACGCUCUCAUUGUCCAUCCUCUAGCUGCUGCCGUCUGUUUUCUGAACCCAGAGCUUCACUAUCCUUCGGUCAGAUAGUUGAAGCACGGUGGCUGCAGCGGCAACAACUCAG